UCUUGCUUCAGCUUGUCCUCCUGCCUCCGUGCCGCGCACACUGCCCAUGGCCUGAUCCCCCGGGAACGCAUCCACAGCCCCCGCUGCUCGAUCCCAGACCCCGCAUAGAGCAUACAAACAAGCCACGCACCGUCGCCAGGCCGCCAUGUCCGUCGAGGCACUCUGCUCCCAAGCUCAAGCGCAAAGAACGGCGGACGACAUGGCCCCCACUGCGACGCUCCUCUCCGCCGCACCCCGCGCGGACAUUCCGGCCGCGCCAUCGCAAAUAAUCAUCCUUUCGCCACCUCAACAUGCCGCAAGGCAGAACGAUUCUGCUCAGGGCCCCGGCUCGACAAGGACAUCCUCAUCGUCUGGCUCCCCGUCCCCAAAUGUCGACGGCACGGCUAGCUCCCCGCAACCUUCGCAGACGGAAGGUGUAUCCACGAUCGCCUCGUCCGGUUCGACAUCACCCACCCAAGAGGUGGAUCCCCAGAUCCUGGAGGCCCUGAAGAGCAAGGAUCGGUUAUACGUGCUGAAGCAGGCCGAGCUCAUAGAGACUCUCAUUUGUGAACGAACCCCUCGCCGCCUCGAACUGAGCGCAUCGAGCAGCUACCAGCGCCUGCUCAUUCACCGCUGCUCCGCAUACUACAAGGUCCAGCCCGACCACGAAUCGGGCGCGAAGACCAUCCAUGUGUCGCUGACACCUGACAGCCGGAUACCUGGCAAGCGCAUCGCCGAGCUGGUGCCGGCUGAGCCCGAUGUGCAGCCCACGUUCAAAAUCAUGCGUCGUUCACCGCUUGAUCGACGUAAAACACAGUCGCAGGCGGGGUCGACCGCAGGCGAAGAGCCGGACAUGUCUGAUUUUGGGGACGCUUCGGAGGGGGGAAGUGUGGGCGGGAAGAGCAAUACAACAAGCUCGGGCAAGCGACACAUGACGAUCGAGGAGCGGGAGGCAGCGUAUAAUGAAGCGCGCACUCGGAUCUUUAUGGACUUCGAGGAGAAAGAGCGCAUGGCGGGCUCGUCCUCGGCCAUGUCGAGCUCGGCGUCUGCUAGCGCUGGUUUGGGUAGCAGCCUUGGUGACUACGAUGAGUCGGGAGGCUCUCCUCCCACCGAGAGCGACUGGCCCGCCCCUUCUGCGAGCAGAAAGGACGGCAGACGGAACAACUCAUCAAGGUCCAUGCGGGGCUCAUACAACAACGCCGGGAGCUCUCGCAAUUCUCGUGCUCCCUCUCCCUCACAGUCUUUCCAGUACGCAACGCUGUACGAGCAGCCAGCGCCCACUGGGUUUGAGGGCCAAGUGCCCCCUUACAACGGAACGCAAUACUACCUUCCGUUCCCUACUCAGCAGCACUACCCGCCGACGUAUACCUUCUAUCCGCCCUACGCACCAUAUCACCCACCGCCUCCGACGGUAGAGGAGGGGCAGAACGGCGGCGAAACUUUCCAUCACCCGCCAGGCCCGUAUCCAGCCCCAUACCCCUGGCCGCCCGCGCAAGCCCCGGUGGCCCCGCCCCCGCCGAUGGGUAUGCAACCGUCGCAUUCCAGCUCGUCUACCUUGUCGAACGCUGAUCAUCCGGCGCCGCCCAAUCACGCGUAUCAACCGCCAUAUGUGCCCGUGUUCUAUCCAAGCAUGGCCUUCCCUCAGUACCCUCCGCCCCCGCCCAUGGGGGCGCCCGCGAUGAUGCAACCGCAGCUGUACGAGCCGCCAUCGAUGAACGGCCACGGCACGAAUGGGAGAAGCACUGGCAACUCGUCCAGUACCAGUCGUUCAUCGUCUCGCAGCUCACAUCACGGCGGCAAGGGUCGCAACACGCGCACCUGGUCGACCUAUGGACCCGAUGCAAGGGCGCACGGUCCCGGAUACAAUUGGAAUGGGAACAACAGCGACGCGUUCGGGCCUCGUAUGUCGGGGAUGCGGCGGCAGUCGAGCCACUCGAGCCACGGCAGCUUGGGGCAGAGUAGAUCGUCAGAUGAGGUCUCGUCGGUAGCUUCGUCCUCCACGUCAUCCUCCUCGCGCCGGACGUACACCUCGACGGCGUCCUCGCAGCCGCCGCACCCGCUGCCCGCGCGCCCGGAUUGGGCCGUGGGGCUGAAGCCGGAGCCGACCCUGCAUGCGACGGGGAACCAGCGCGUGCAGCCAAGGCCCGUGCCCGUCCUGCAGGCGCAGGACUUCCCGCCGCUUACGACGCAGGCGGUCACGCCGGUUGAGCGGCGCGCCCCUGUUGGCGGCGCGUGGGCGAGCCCGUCGUCGACGCGCUCGGUGAUCAUGCCGGGAAAGCGCGCGGAGGACGAGCGCAACGGCAAGGAGCCGGACGACGGCAGCAACGCGCUCGCAGGAAAAAUGGCGGCUGCAUCGCUGGAUGACGGCGGCAAGGACGGCGGUGCCGCGCCGCCACCAUAGAGUGCGUCGCCAUCGUAGGGCGCACCGUUGCUUCGUACAGCGCUGGCUGGAGGCGCCUCGGGGCCUCCUCUUCUUGUGUGUGGUUCUUGCUGUUGUCGUUAUCCGCCGUGCUGUCGAACAUUGUCGUCGUCUUGUGUGCAGUUCCUAUUUACAAUAGAGUCGGGGUUGUAUCAUAAUUAUCUACAUCGUGUACGUAGUCAGGUGUAGAAUGAGAGCGGGUGUAUCUUGA